UAUGCCUGCCGUCACGCUGUCUCACAACGGCAAGUGGCUGGCGUGUCAAGCUAUGGACAACAAAGUGGUUAUCUUCAAUGUCCUCAACAGGUUCAAGUACAUGAGGAAGAAGGUUUUCAAGGGGCACAUGGUAGCUGGCUAUGCCUGCAGUGUGGACUUCUCACCUGACAUGAGUUAUCUGAUAUCAGGAGAUGCUGAUGGGAAGUUGUUUGUUUGGGACUGGAAGACCACCAAACUGUACAGCAAGUUUAAAGCCCAUGAUGACGUGUGUAUCGCCUGUCUGUGGCACCCCCAUGAGACGUCAAAGGUGGCUACGGCAGGCUGGGAUGGGGUCAUUAAGUACUGGGAUUAAGGAAGGUUUAUACAGGGAUAACUGGAACAUCUCCCUUUCAAAGUUUGACUGCAGCUGACAAUGCAAUAUGUGUGUAAAGCCUGUCUGUGACUGAGAGUUGGAAAGUUAGGGCAGCAUUCCAAUAUUGCAGCACAAGAUAAAGAGGGUUUACACAAGCAUGACAAGGCCAUCUACCUUCAAUCCUGGAUUGUAACUGUGAUGUUUUGGGUGUAACCUGUCUGAGGCACUCUCAACUGUUGAAAUGCAAAGAAUAGGUGAUUAGUGAAGUACUGAAAUGAAAGAUAUGAAGCUAUAAUGCAGUUAAAUAGGUAAAUAGACACAUGAAGGAAGAUAAAAAGUAGCAGUGUUAUAGUGUCAGCCUUCCUCUCCACCCAGGACAUCUCACUCAUCUUGUAAAGAGAGUGUUUUUAACCUGUUCAUCUUUGAAAUUCAAUGAGAAUCUGAGAUAUACCUCUGCUGGUAACUGAAAACCUUAUAAUUUCUAAGACUGCAGUGGGACGAAUACUUCAAUACUUGAUGAUGGAUACUUUGGCAUGGACACUUGUAGAAAUGUUUUAGAAAUUAUGAAAUAAUUGAAAAAAUUUAACUACAUGUACAGCUUUUGGAUGAUAUUGUGCAAAGAGUAUAAACAAGUUUCUUCUUUGAGCCAUGUGAUCCAGGAUGGGAGUUAAUUUUGAGAUGUAACAGCAACAAAUACUGUAAACUGAAACAGUGUACUUUUAUUUUAUACAAAUAUACAUAUGUACAUAAAACUAAUAACAUUUUAUCAAAUGAAAAUAAAACCUGGUAUUUAUAAAAAUCUGAGCAGUUAUUGCAGUAUUUACACCUUGUUACUUUUUCUGUUUAAUAGAAAUCUCAUGAGUGUGACUAAACUAGAAACAUGAAUAGUUGAUAUUUUCCUGCAAUGUAUAGAUGUGUAUAAUACUGCAUUCAAUGUGCUUUAGAAUAUAAAUUUACAUCUUUUUACUUAUAAAAUAGCAAAAACAAA